CAUGAACUUUCGUCAUUAGUUCCACAAUUUCCUUCGACAAGUCUCCACGAAAUUAAACAAUUUGUUGUGAUCGACAGUCUAAAUCAUCUUGAACUGUUUGAAGACGUAAGAGGAUAAUGCAUUAUCGUGAUGCUAACUACUCUAUAUCCCGAAAUAAAGUGAAUCUACAUCAUGAAGAGUUUAUGUUAGAUGGAGUUGUCGGUGGCGAGGACCAUGAUAUGCAGAACACGAAUGAAGUGCGUGCGGAGUUGGACUCUUUGCUCCGUCUUGAUCCUGACACAAACUCCAUCAUUGAUGCUCUUCAUAUUUCACAACCAAUUGAGCAGGAAAACAUGGACUACGAAGGAAAACCCGUUGAAUUUACUCUCGGCACUUCUUCUGGAGGCGCAUCACUGGCACCAACAAGCUCAACGACGGCUGCAUCCAUUGCACCAUUUUCAUACAAUACAUCAGCAACCAACUAUUACAACACCACACCGAGUAGUUAUCCAAUGUUCCUCAACUAUCAAUAUGCUGGAGGCACAACAGUGACAACUGAUAUGGAUGCAUUUAGUGGAAUGGAUAUGUCAAUGAAUAACGGAGUUUUUGGAACACAAAACAAUCCGAGUUACUUCUAUCCAACGACACAACUCAACACAUAUGGAUAUGAUACACUCGCCGCUGCCACGACAGCAUCUGGAAUUACUGUUAAUAACAAUCAAUUGAAUGUUAAUAUUGUACAAGGAAAUGGAACUAUCGUACCACAGCCAAUCACUCAAAACAUCAUCUCCACUGUUUCAAAUGUUCAAUCAUCGGUUCCUAUCAAUAACAGUCAACCUCUCACCCCAACUGGAUUGGCUGGCUGCUCGACGUCUUCAGGAUCAUCAUCGGCUUCAAGCUCAUCAGCAAACUCAACUUCUACACCGAAGAACACCAUCUCCAAAGCAAACCGAUCAUCAGGAGGAGCCAACAAUUCUCAAUUCAGCACGGAAGAUCGUGAGUGUGUCAAUUGUGGAGUUCACAAUACUCCAUUAUGGCGUCGGGAUGGAUCAGGAAACUACCUCUGCAACGCAUGCGGCCUCUACUUCAAGAUGAACCAUCAUGCUCGUCCAUUGGUGAAGCCGAAAAAGAGACAGCAGAACGCUCAAAAACGGACCGGAAUCGAGUGUGUCAACUGUCGUACAAAUACAACAACACUCUGGAGAAGAAAUGGAGAAGGGCAUCCAGUGUGCAAUGCUUGUGGACUCUACUUUAAACUUCAUAAGGUGGAACGUCCAAUCACCAUGAAGAAGGAUGGAAUUCAGACCCGUAAUCGCAAGCUCUCCGCAAAGGGAUCGCGAAGAAUGAAGAAAGAGAAUGGCGGAACUCCGACUUCAAUGGGAAUGCCUACAACAUCUUCAAGUAUUUCAUCUGGAAUCGAACUUGAUCAAAGUGGAGUUUGGGGAAUGAAAAACACUCAACCAAUGCUCAUGACACCGACAGCAUAUGCAUUCCCAGCAUCCAAUUUCUACUUCAACUCGAUCGAGGAUCAAUUGGAGUAUAAAACGUGCCCUCCAAUGAUGGUGGACUUUGGAGGACAAAUGAAAAAUUUGAAUUUGAACUGAUAAAAUAUUCAUUUUAGCAACUCUUUUUUUUCAUUGAUUCUCCUCAUUUCAAGACAUUCCAUUCUUCUUCUGCCUCCCAAAAUUUCUUUCAUCCUCUCAUAUUUCUGUGAUAUAAAUCAUCAUCAUCUCCACACUUUCACAUUGAAUAUAGAAUAAUUUGUGACAUAAUUUAUUAAUUUUCCUGCGGUUUUCAUUACCUCAAACCACGUUUGUUUUUAUGUUUUUCCUCAAUCUCACAAUAUGUGUACUAUAUUUUUGUUCUCGCUACAAUCACUUUUCCUGCCCGGCUACUCACCAAAACUCUGAAUAUUUGGAAGAGUUUGUAUGUUUUCCCCCUUUUCAAACACCAAAAAGGUUUCUUGAUGUUUUUCUCAUUAUUUCAAGGGGUAGUUUGUGUUUCCCUUGGAUCCCUCGCAUGGUCAGAAAUGACAACUCUGGUAUUUUUGUGAAUUUAUUUAUUGAACAUAAAAAUUAAAAAUUAAACAAUUU